CGUUCCAUAGUUUAGGAUUAGCAAUCGGUAAAAAUGGUCGAAUUAAUUCUAGAAUCCUGUUUUCUUGUUUAUUUCUGGUGUGGGGGUUCUGUAGCGUUCCUAUUGCUAUGGCUGUUGUUUGUUAUCCCGUACACACCAACAAUCGUUAAAGACUUGUCAAUGUAUGGUAAAGUGAUGUCUGCAAGGAACAAAACUAUCAUUGAAAACCUUAUCCAGGUCCCAAAAAGCUACUUCAAACAUUUUUAUUUGACUUCGGUGAUUGCUAAUGGCUACUUGCUAUGGACUUUGGUUAAUGUUUACUUUUUGAAUGGACACAUACCUUCCUGGUACCUAUGGUGUCUGAAUAAACUAACCUAUUACCCAGUGAAUAAUCCCACAGUGUCACACUUGUCUGUAAUUUUGAUGGUGUCAAUCAUUGUAGUUCAAGGUUUAAAACGUUUUAUUGAGUGCAUAACAUUAAGCAAAUAUUCAAAGGCUACAAUGAAUGUAGCUCACUACAUACUUGGCUUAACAUUCUACUUCUUCAGUGGAUUGACUGUACUUAGUGAAGCUCCAGAUUUAAGUAAACCAGUUCCUUUUUCUGGCCCAGUUGAAUUAUUCCAUGGCCUUCGGUGGUAUCACAUUGCUGCAGUUGCUCUGUACACGUGGAGCAGCAUACAUCAGUAUAAUGUCCAUAAAAUCUUUGCAAACUUGCGAAAAUCAGAUAAGGACAAGAACGUUCACAAGAUCCCGUAUGGUGAUUGGUUUCUGUAUGUCAGCUGUCCUCAUUACUUCUUUGAGAUUCUGAUCUACACGGCUGGAAUCUUGAUGCUCGGCUUUCAACAUCGAAUGUGGUACAUGCUGUAUGCGUUUGUAGUGACCAAUCAAGUCGCUGCGUCUUACACUGUCCACCAGUGGUAUCGCACUAAAUUUGAAGACUAUCCUAAAGACAGAAUGGCUGUUAUUCCAUUCAUCUAUUAAGACCAACCAACUACAUGAUAAUUAAAUCAGUAUUAUUUUGAUAAAGUGAUGCCAUACCAGUCUAUUUUAUAACCCAGUAAAUAUAGUAUACUGGUGAACUGUUUUGUUAGUUAAUCUUCUAUGUAACUACAUUAUUAAUACUCGCAAAAAAGCCACCUUCGGCAGCGUUUUAGGAGGCGAUGAGUACUGAGGGUGGGUCCAUAUAUUUGCAGAAGGAAUACAGAAAUAAAAAAAGGCACUCUUGUAUUAAAUGACAGUCUACCUUCUUGUUACCCCUCCUAUUUUUUUAGAGACCGUCGCCAAACAUCACCCACUCUUGAUCCGCCCAAUUAUCAUUAGAUUAUCAGUCUGUGAAGCCAAAUACUACCAGUAUUGCCAUAUACAAGAGUAACAUUCUAAACCAGUAGCGGAUCCAGGAAUUUGAAAUAGAGGGAGGCGCCAGAGAGGGAUUUUUACAGAUGGAGGGUCUAUCCUACUUCCACCCCACCAUGGUUGAGGCUGAGGUGAGAAAAUUAUUGAUUACGGCACUCUUAAGCCUUGUUUGCACUGGAUUUAAAAAAUGGUAAAUUUAACCAGGGUAACUUUAACCAUUGUUCGGACUUGGAUUAUUCACGCGGUUAGUUUUACCAUAGUUUUUUACCAAGAUUUAACCUUGUGUAUAAAAAAUAUUAUUGAGGGCGCUAGUUUGUGACUUCAAUUUCCGGUUUUGUUCGAGCGGUGUCAACAUGGAAGAAGUUUUAACCGUGUUGCACGUUCGGAUUGGACUUCUUGACCAGCGUGGUUAGUUUAACCGAGACCGUGGUAAGUUUUACUGGGCAGGCUGAGGUCGGUAAAAUUAACCAUUCGGUUUGGUUAAUUUAACCCUGAGGGAAUUGUAACCGACUGGAUUUUUUUUGGUCAAUUUAGCCAGUGACUCGGUUAAUUUGACCAAAUUAAGUCCAGUGCGAUAAGGGCUUUAGACUUAAAAUUCAAGUAGAAUUUUCUUUUUCUUGCAAUUUAUUUUUAAAAUUUGAAUCAACCACUGUAAACCAUAAUACCGAAUACUGCUACAUUUUAGAAAGACCUUUGCAAAUGAAAGACAAAUUACCAUUAAAAUAAAGAACUUUGCCAAUAAUUUUGAUUAUAAUAUUGAGAAAAUCAUGUAAGGUACUAUACUCCUAAAGAAUAAUACAGUAAAAAUAAUGGGAUUAUACCAUGGAGGUAUACAAUUUUAUAUUUCUGUGAUUAUACCACACAUGUUAAAAUGUUGUAGUGAAUGCGACAUUCCUUACUCAUCAUGUAUUGACUUAUUUUAGUGAUUAACAUGGUCACUCUUUAUAUAUUUCAUUCCAUUACCGGUAUAUUUAGUGAUCAUUUAUAGGUGUUGUAUCGGUAUUUACUGCUGUCUGCUAGGAAUAUUACGCAAAAACUAAUGAAUAUAUAAUAAAUCAAAGAAAGACAUUUUCGGAAGAAAAGGACAAAAUCAGGAUCACAAAUAUUAAAGCAAUUACAUAACCUAAAAAAAAGAAAAUGGAAUGGUGUGAGGGUAUGCUGCGGUAUUGUUGGUAGUGCCUGCAGAGUAGAGUGACUACUUUAGUAUUGAACCCUUUUGCAUGGAGUUUCUGCUUCAUUGCAUCAUUUUAGUUUACACAUUUUGUUCGUGUUUGGUUUGUAUACAAGUUUUACUGGGGGGAAUUUUGUGGAGUGUGGCAAACAGCACUUUGUUACUGCAAAGAAAAACUCCGCACAAGCAAAGAGUAUAGUAACCAAUACUCUAUCAAAUUUAUUUGUCAAAUAUACUUGUACAAGAUACACAUGCAAAAACAUUUUGACCAGGUACAUAGAAUGCUGUUCCGGUUGCUGGACUUCGUGACCCGCCACCCUCAUGCAUGGCACUGCUAGGCACUGUGUACCACACAUGUUAAGUCCCGUACUGUCUAAGUACUUACAUUAUUUCGGAAUUUUUCACAAAUUUAGUCAUUAAACUAUUUAAUAUUGCGUAUAAAAUAAUAUUUAAAUCACUUAAAUUA